CCGCGCUGAUUUCCCUCCCCUCCGCCCGCCCUGCCUGUGUGUUUUCGCCGCCGCUCUCGCCGAGCCCCUUGGCAUGAGUUAAGCACCAGCCAUGGACACCAAACACUUCCUGCCGCUGGAUUUCUCCAACCAGGUGAAUUCCACAUCCCUGAACUCCCCCACCAGCCGGGGGCCCAUGGCCACGCCGUCCUUGCACCCGUCCAUCGGGCCGGGCAUCGGCUCCUCGCUGGGCUCUCCUGGCCAGCUGCACUCGCCCAUCAGCACCCUGAGCUCGCCCAUCAAUGGCAUGGGACCCCCCUUCUCGGUCAUCAGCUCCCCCAUGGGGCCUCACUCGAUGUCUGUCCCCUCCACGCCCAGCCUGGGGUUCGGCACCAGCAGCCCGCAGCUCAACUCGCCCAUGAACUCCGUCACCAGCACAGAAGACAUCAAGCCACCCCUGGGGCUCAAUGGAGUCCUCAAAGUGCCAGCACACCCCUCAGGAACGAUGGCCUCCUUCACCAAGCACAUAUGUGCCAUCUGCGGGGACAGAUCUUCGGGUAAACAUUACGGGGUUUACAGCUGUGAGGGCUGCAAAGGCUUCUUCAAGCGCACGGUGAGGAAGGACCUGACCUACACGUGCCGGGACAACAAGGACUGCCUGAUCGACAAGCGCCAGCGCAACCGCUGCCAGUACUGCCGCUACCAGAAGUGUCUGGCCAUGGGCAUGAAGAGAGAAGCCGUGCAGGAGGAGAGGCAGCGGGGCAAGGACCGCAACGAGAACGAGGUGGAGUCCACGAGCAGCGCCAACGAGGACAUGCCCGUGGAGAAGAUCCUGGAGGCUGAGCUUGCUGUGGAGCCAAAGACAGAGACCUACAUCGAGGCAAACAUGGGCCUGACACCCAGCUCGCCCAACGACCCUGUGACAAACAUCUGCCAGGCAGCAGACAAACAGCUCUUCACCCUGGUGGAGUGGGCCAAGAGGAUCCCCCACUUCUCUGAGCUGCCCCUGGAUGACCAGGUCAUCCUGCUCAGAGCAGGGUGGAACGAGCUGCUAAUUGCCUCCUUCUCACACCGCUCCAUAGCCGUGAAGGACGGGAUCCUGCUGGCCACGGGGCUGCACGUGCACAGGAACAGCGCCCACAGCGCUGGUGUGGGGGCAAUCUUCGACAGAGUACUGACAGAGCUGGUGUCCAAAAUGAGGGACAUGCUGAUGGACAAGACAGAGCUGGGCUGCCUGCGAGCCAUUGUCCUCUUCAACCCUGACUCCAAGGGGCUGUCGAACCCGGCGGAGGUGGAGGCGCUGCGGGAGAAGGUGUACGCGUCACUAGAGGCUUACUGCAAACACAAAUACCCCGACCAGCCCGGCAGGUUCGCCAAGCUCCUGCUGCGCCUCCCAGCGCUGCGCUCCAUCGGCCUCAAGUGCCUGGAGCAUCUCUUCUUCUUCAAGCUAAUAGGGGACACGCCCAUCGACACCUUCCUGAUGGAGAUGCUGGAAGCGCCGCACCAAAUGACUUAGAGAACUGUGCUGGGUCAGUCCCUCCGGGGGGGCCCUCCCUCUGCUUUCCUGGGCCCCAGCCCGUCCCUCCCUGCUGUCCCCAGGCUGGAGGCACCGUCUGCUCUGCUCCGCUCCGGGGGACCCCCGUCCAUGCCAGCCUCCUGCCCCCCCUGUCCGCUGUCACUGCUGCAUCUCCAGAGCUGCUCGCUGCUUCCCCGUGCUGCCUGUAGAGGAGUGGGAGCGGGCACAGCUUUGCCAAGCCCGUGCCAUGAGGUUUGGGGUGAGCCAAGCCACCCCCCAGCCCUCCCCUGGGGACAAGGACGGUGCCAGCCCUCGGGGGUUUGGAGUGCUUGGACUCUGCUGGAUUGCAGCUGGGCUAUUUUCAGAGGAUGGAGUUGGUUGGGUUUUUUUUUUUUGGAAAAAGAGAAGACAAAAAAAAAAAACAAAAAAAAAAGAGAGAGAAAAAAAAAAGGAAAAAAUUCUAUUUUUGGUUUCUAACUAUUCUUAGUAGCCUCGGUAGUUACUUUGUGGAGGGAGAGGCCGUGCCCUGUGAGUCACAGGAUGCACAGAGCCUCCUCCUCCCCCUGCAGAGCAGAGGAUCUGGGAUGGAGCUGAAUCCCCCCAGAACAGGGCACAGGAAAAACCCUUUGGCCACCCUGGGGACAUCCCUGCUCACCCCAAAGGUGUGCCCAUGAGCCAGCUGCAGCUGCCAGGGACUCCCCAU